CCCGAUAUGGAUAAUCUUCUAUCAGGGGUAAUGUUUAUCCAUAACGGAGUAUCGAAAGGAUAAGCUUAUUAUACCCGCGUUAUCCCCAUUUAUAGUAUAGGAACAGAUUUUCUAUUGGGUAAUCUUCUUCUCAUCUUGUGUUUUUUGUAUUGAUUUUGUUUCAAUCCUUGAUAAUAUUGCAGGUAUUUGUAUUUUCCCCUGAAUAGCGAAUAAAUUUUGUUCUCAAGGAAUAAUGGGUUCUAAACAAAAAAACAAAUAUGUUUGCUUCGCAAAAUUAGAAGCUGAGAUGAAACUUAGGCGACAUGAAACGUACAAAGUAAUAUCUGCGGAAAAAAAAGAAGCAUUGUUACUACAACGACGAACAAAAAGACGAGAGUUAAAAAGGAGUAGUCUUUCUGAGAAUGUUGCUUUUCCUGACGCUACUCCAGCUGCAACUGAGUUUCAACAACAAAAUAUUCCUCUUAGGAGCUCUUCUUCUGUUUCAAAAACAGCCAACGAGCGUCACGUUGAUGCUUUGGAAGUUACAUUUGACAAGCGAAAGAUUAUAAAUUAUCCCUUCUACUCAUUUGAAGUAGGGUCAACGUCACAUGCAUCUAAUGAAAAUAGUAAUAUGAGCUCAACAAUGGUUGGGAAAAAAGGUUAUAACUCAAAGAAAAAAGAGUUAUACAUACGUAGGUCAGUUAUAAUCUGAUUAUGUUCCCUUGAAGACUGUUCCUAACUGUAAAUUUUGUGGUGCAAAAAAAUUUGAAUAUGAACCACCUGGAUUCUGCUGUAACAAUGGUUUGAUAAAGUUAGUUUCACAUGAGAUGCCUGCUGAACUACAAAAUCUAUAUUUAGGGACUACUGAAGAAUGUAAACAUUUUCGAACAUAUAUCAGAACAUACAAUAAUAUGUUUGCAUUUACAUCACUUGGUGUAAAUAUGAUAAAGAAUUAGCAAAAAGAAAUCGUGGUAUUUAUACAUUUAGAGUUCAGGGAAAGAUGUACCAUUUUAUAAAUGA